AUGGAGAACCUUUUAGCCCAACAAACCAACUUCAUGGCUCAACAGAGUAAGCAAAAUGAGAAGACUGAUAACGCAAUUCAACAAAUUCAAGCUCAGAACAAGCUCUUGGAAAGUCAAAUAAGCCAACUUGCACAUCAGGUGGGCCAAUUAUCAAAAGCUCCUGGUCAUUUUCCAGGUAAUAGUGAACAACCACCUAAGGGUCAUAUCAAUGCUGUGAUUUUGAGGAACGGAAAAGAGCUACAAGAUCAUCCUUUGAAGGAGCCAUCAAAAAGAACUGUGGAAGAGAUGAAGAAGGAACCUACUCCUACCCCUAUUCGGCCUUACACGCCACCAGUUCCAUUCCCACAAAGGUUGGCCCGUGCAAAAUUAGAGAAGAAAUAUGGGAAGUUCCUUGAUAUACUGAAGAAGCUGCACAUAAACAUACCAUUCUUGGAGGCUAUCUCUGAGAUGCCAUCUUAUGAAAAUGCAACUGUUUCACUUACAGCAGAAUGUAGUGCUAUUUUGCAGAAUAAGCUUCCCAAGAAGCUAGGGGAUCCGGGUAGCUACUCUAUCCCUGUGAAGCUUGGCGAUAUCGAAAUAAAGAAGGCGCUUUGUGAUCUUGGGGCAAGUGUUAGUCUAAUGCCCUUGUCAAUUUGCAAGAAGCUUCAAAUGGGAGAACCAAAACCCACACGUAUCUCCCUACAAUUAGCAGAUAGAACUGUAAAGUAUCCACUUGGUAUCCUUGAAGAUGUUCCCCUUCGUGUUGGGAAGUUUUUCAUUCCAUGUGACUUUGUAGUAAUGGAGAUGGAGGAAGAUGCGCAAGUCCCUAUUAUUCUUGGGAGACCUUUCCUGGCCACUGCUGGAGCCAUCAUUGACAUGAAGAAUGGAAAGAUUACCUUUGAAGUGGGUACUGAGAAGAUGGAGUACAAUCUCACAAACUCCAUGGAAGCUCCUUCUAUGGGAGAGACUAUCUAUAGAGUGGAUGCUCUAGAUGAGGCGAUAGAGGUAAAAGCUGCUAGUCUACAGCUUAAUGAUUCACUGCAAACCGCCCUCAUGGGAAGUGCUGAUGAAGAGGAUCGGGAAACUAGGGAGUACAAGAGGCUCUUAGAGGAACCACAUUCAUUACCUAGUAUUGAGCCUAUCAAGGAGGUGUUGACACACGAAGAAUCUAAGGAGAGUACUAUGUUUCCUGAGGUAGAGUUAAAAGUUUAUGAAAACUCAAGGUUGUACAAAAAACGAAGGAAAAGGUGGCCCGACAAGCAUAUCAUGCGGCGAGGAUUUCAUGAAGGAGAGUUAGUUUCACUAUUCAACUCUCGACUGAAGUUAUUUCCUGGUAAGCUUCACUUAAGGAGGUCUGGUCCAUUCAAAAUCCUUAAGGUCUUUCCGUAUGACUCGGUUGAGAUUUGGAGUGAAGCAACCGGCUCUUCUAAGAUAAAUGGACAACGUCUUAAGCACUACCGAGAAGAUGAACCUAUUGAAGGGAAGGCGGUUUACACCCUUUCCGACCCUUAUUCAGAGUGAUGUGAAAAGGUGGUCAAGCUAAAUGAUCUUAAACUAGCGCUUCUUGGGAGGCAACCCAAGUCUUCUCUUUCAUUUUUUUCCUAUUACUUAUUCGAUUUUUAUUUUCAUUUUUUUUAGAGGUUUCUUAGUUUCUUUUCUUAGUUAGUUUAAUAUUGUAGUUGUAUUAUAUGAUUAGUUAGUUUAAGUAUUAGGUAUAUAAUUUAGAAACUUAGCAUCCUAUUUUUCUUUUUAAAGUUUAAUUCUCCUAAUUUUUAUUUUUUUGGUGUGUUUUUGUACAGGUGAAAAAAAAAAAAAAAAAAAAAAGAGAGCUGAGAACAUUCCACAGAUCAGUGUGUAUUGCGAAGGGGCCGCAAUUCGUCAUCCCCUACUGCCACCCUCCUGCAAUCCCUUCUGUCCUCCACGAAGCCCAUUGAAAAAAAAAAACCAAACUGCACACCCAUCGCAGUUCAGUUCUACCUUACUGCCAACCCCUUGCAGUUUGCUUCCCACCACUGCCAACCCACCGCAAUCCUUCCUGUACUACACCAAACCCAUCUAACAAAAUACCGAAAAAAAAAAACAAAAAAAAAAAUUCCGAACUGCCAGCCCAUCGCAGUUCCGUUCUUCCCCAUUGCCACCACCUCGCAUUCUUUACUGUGACACACGACAUCCAUCGCAGCAAAACAAA